AUCCCUUCGUGUCGGCAGUCCGCUGAUUCAUUGGUACAAGCGGGCUCUGUCACAUUGGCACUUACGAGUACCGUAGUCUACCGGUACUUGUACAAGUACUGUACUACUGAUACCAGUACUUGUAUCGUAUAAACUCGUUAAAUCUGCCAUCGGAGAUCUCGGCCAAAACCACUAUCUAAACCACAAUGGGCUCAGCCUAGUAGGUUAGCGAAAUUACGAAUAUCUAUUAACGAGAUCUGGACGACACCCACCCCUCCAGCUAUCAGUACUCAGUCUGGAAAACACUUUCCCCUGUCGGGGUGUUUUGUCUCUGAUCUGGCAGGGAUCCUGACCGAUGGGCGAUGGUGGAUUUAACGAAUUUAUAUGAUGGUACAAGCACAAGUACUUGUACCGGUAGUCUACUUGCUGAAUUGCCAAGUAUCGUGCUCGGCCGCGGGUGCAGUACUGUACUCGAGUACAGUGCUGUAUCAUACCGCUUGGGCGGAUUCGAGAAACCCUAACCCACUUGAAGAGAGUUGGCUCUUGGUAAAACGCGAGCAUUAGGGACGGAACCUUCGAGCCCCGAAACCUUCCACGUUUCUACUUCGACACUUCGACCCGGAGCUUUCUUUCUCUCUUUCCUUUCUUUCCCAUUUUGCGGAUAUCUUUUUCAUUUUGCUUCCCACCCUUCAGCCAAAAUGCCGAUCCCCAUGCUUGGGGAGAUCUACUACAAUGGUAUCGAUUCGGUACCAUAUCUGUCACCAGCUCUCAAGGUCGUGCCAUGGAUUCUUGCUGUUGUCGUCUUGAAGAUCUACUUCAACGGAUACCGAAAUAGGAAUGAGCGUGUGAUGCAUGGGAAGGUCGCAAUAAUAACGGUAUGUUCGCACACUCGACUGCCUCUAGUAAAGGCUGGAGACUAAAGCUCUGGAUGCUAGGGUGGAACGUCGGGGGUAGGCGCUGCUGUGGUCAACGAUCUUGCUGCUAGAGGGAUGCACUUGGUACUUCUUGUCCGGAGCGCGUCGGACGUUUUCACGGUUGAUUACAUCGAAGACCUUCGCGAGCGUCACGGAAAUCCUUUUAUUUAUGCGGAGGAAUGCGACCUCUCGUCUUUGCACAGCAUCCGUCUCUUUGCUACCAGGUUCAUCGACAACACCCCCCCUCGAAGACUCGAUAUGGUCGUUUGUUGUGCUGGAGUGAUGGCACCGCCCUACACCCCCCGAACUACGACUCAAGACGGAAUUGAAGCGCACUGGGGUUUGAACUUUCUGGCCAACUUCCAGCUGCUGAACAUUCUUGCGCCGUGUAUGAGGGCUCAACCUCCGGACAGAGAUGUCCGCAUUUUACUAGCUACGUGUUCUAGUUAUAUCGCCGGCGACCUUGAUCUCAACGACCCUCAGUUCUUCCGACGGAAAUACCCUCUCAGAACCCCAUGGCUGUGCUACGGAGCUUCGAAGAUGGCCUUGAUGGCGUUCUGCCUUGAGUUUCAAAGGCGCCUCGAUUCCUACGUCCGACCGGAUAAGCAGCCAAACAAUGUUCGUAUUUAUAACAUCGAUCCGGGACUUGUACGCACCCCGGGUGCCAGAAGAUGGAUUACCAUGGGUAGCCUCUGGGGGCUGGGGGUUUAUCUUGUGAUGUGGCCGAUCUGGUGGCUGGUUUUGAAGGAUCCACAACAAGGAGCUCAGUCAUUUUUGGCAGCAGCCAUGAGCCCAGAGUGUGGGAUGGGGGAGGGUGGAAAGUUUCUCAGGGAAUGCCAGAACCAGAAGUAAGAGGGGCGGCUCGUUGUAUAGCUUGGCGUUGCACUAACAAGCGUUCUGUAGAUACCGCGCCGACAAGCUCGCUUCACCAGAACUCGGAAAACAGUUGUGGGAACUCGCCGAACUCAUGAUCAAGGACGCCGAAAAGGCAGGAGCCAUUAAGCGUGCCAAGGAGAAGGGCAAGAAAAAGGCGCAGGAGGAUAUGAAAGACGAACCAAAGCUCGACGAAGAAGAUAAGGAACUAAUGGAGAAGAUCCGCCGGAGAAAGGAGGCUCUUAGGAAAAUAUUAGAAGAAGAGGAGGCAAAGGAGCACGAAGAAAGAGCCAAGGCAAAGCUUCCACCCUCGCUCGCGCCUCUUCCAAUGGACACCCCUAGCAGAGGCACCAGGAGCAGAGCGGGGGAGCUCCGGACCGAGGAAGUGAAGAAGGCACCUAAGGUGAAUAUUGAGACGAAAGACGAGGUGCAGGAUACCCCAAGCAGGAACACAAGGAGAAGAACAAGGAAAGCUUAAGACGGCCAAUGUCUUUGCAUGGAGUGUAAUAAAACCUGUGGGGUAUCGUUUUUGCAUAGAAUGGCGCACAUGCAGCAUAAAAUGGAGUUGGUGGAGAGGGCUUUGCUGCUUCGAUUUCAUUAUUCUUUCCUUUAAUCACGUAAUGCGGGUAUGAUAGUAUAAGAGUUAUUUGAUGAUAACUUAGGGGCUGGUAUUAUUAGAGUGGUUACACAUAUUAUCAAACCUACAUCACCGAGCUCGAUAUGGAAGAAUCCUUCAGGCCAUAACUUCGUACCGGUGUUUAGUGUGGAUACUGACCCGGAACACGCUACUUGUUUCUUGAUGUUUUUAAGGCAGGGAGUGGUUUCUCUGCGGAGGUUCCCGCGUUCUAGGAGUCUGAACGAAAUAGCUGUUCUCUAGGAUUAAAUACUGAGGCCACUGUUCCUUGUUCU